UAUGACAAACUAUUCCCAAAUUUCAUUUCACUAUUAUUUUAUCGAACCUAUUAUUAAAUAAUUUACAAUAUAUAUAUAUAUAAUUUACGGAUAUACGGCUGUGUGAUUUGACUACUUCUUUAUAAGAUUUGUUACCAAAUUUUUUAAACGUUAUGUACAAUUUAUACUGAUAAGGUGCAAGAUCAUAACCCCGAUGGGGUAUUGCAUCAUAUUACCUGAAGUUGAAAUAAUUAGAUGAUAACAUGCCGUCUCAUCACGAUGAAGAGGAAGAUAAGCCUUGCAGGGCUUGUUCUGACUUCAAAUCUUGGGCUAAGUCCCAAAAAAAGGGUGUUCCAAAGACUAAUGAACCUGCGCCACCGAAACCUAAUAAAGAGUGUCCACUAGACAAAGAGGAAUUAGGGAAUUCAACAUGGGGCUUUCUUCACACAAUGGCCUCAUACUAUCCUGAAAAGCCCACAAAAGCACAAUCAGAUGAUAUGGCCAAGUUUUUUAAUAUUUUUUCACAGUUUUAUCCAUGUGAGCCUUGUGCACUUGAUUUUCAAAACGACAUAAAAACACAUCCACCAAAGACAAAAACCAGAGAUGAACUGGCAAAAUGGCUGUGUGAAAGACACAAUACAGUGAAUGUUAAACUUGGUAAACCCAAGUUUGAUUGCAGUAAAGUACAUGAACGGUGGAAGGAUGGCUGGCUUGAUGGGUCUUGUGAUUGACCUAACUAAGAUUUCAUAGUAGAAAAUACAUUGCCAUAAGUAUUCGUUCCUGAUAUAAUGUACACCAUAAAUUAAACAAAUUUGUUUAAUUAGUGUCUGUGGUUGUUGUUCACCAAAUAUUAUAAUAUUAAGAUCACACGAAAUGGUGAAUAAUAUCUGUGACUGUAACCAAUGUUACCUCCGAUUGGCAUGAUGUAUAGGGUCAAUGCGGCCAAUUUUGUCUUGGUAAAAUUGCAAAUAAUAUCUCUAACCAUAGGAUGUUGCUAUCUCAGUAGUUUUUUUUAUUUAAACCUAAUUAUAAUAGUUACAGGAUGCUUACAAAAAAUCCCCUUUUCUACACUAACCUUAAUAUUAUGUAAGCGGUCUUAGACUAAUGAGAAGGACCAAGAAAUUAUUAAAAUUAUAACCAUUUUUUGUUUCUUUUAUUGUGAUUCAGAUGUAAAUGUUAAUUAUUAGUGGUGGACUGUGUUGCGGGUGGCUUCCAGUUACCUACAACUUACCUUGUUUUACUUUAAACAACUUCAGAAGAAUAGUGAAUGAAUAAAAAUUCAUGUUCUAUAAAUAUAUGGUAUUGGCCUGAUUGACCCUAUUGUUAGCUCUUUCUUGUAUUAGAAAUACAUGAAUAUUAUCUUCAUGAGUGAUGGCAACAUUAUUAUAUGAAUAUAUUAUAUAAUUAUUUUCUUAUAAAUUGUAACUGUCUGAAACUAGGUAAUAAUCCAUUAUGUAAAUAGUAUAGAAGAAUUUUAUUAAAUGUUAUGAAUUGGAAA